AUGAAUAUGCUACAAGUCGAGGCAGAGGAGUGGCUGAAAAACACUCGUCAGAUACUCCUAAGACUCGAACGCUCCAUAGACCACGCUCUUCGUUAUCUAUGCGAACGGCCCUUUAAUCCUGAUAUUUGCCAAGGCUCAGAAUGGGUAGCCCGGAUGAACUUCAUCUGUGGAUACCUCAAAAAUCAUACAUUAAACCUCUACGAAAGAAGGACAACGACAUCGUUAUGUCGAAAAUUCUAUUUUAUCCUCGAAGAAAUAGUCAGGAGUAUCAAUGAGGACCCCAGAUCAGGCAUCAAUGCUCCCUCCGCGGAAGACAUACAGAGACGUACCAAGCAAUUAACUUAUCUCGUGGACAAAACGAAGUUCGAUGUUGAGGCGAAGUUUCGACAUUUCAAGACAGUCGAUUUCACCAUAAACUAUCCAGAGCUAGAUGGACUUCGUUGGGACAACGCCACAUUUUAUGAUUAUGUUCAUUAUCUCGACACCGUAAUCGAGGCCCUUCAAAAUUCAACUCACACGCGAGUGAUAAAUUUGAAGAAGGAAAAACCAGCGCAGCAGCUUUUGAAAGCUCAGUGGAGUCGUAUGAAAAACGCGGAAUCUAAAUAUGCAACAGCCAGCAGUCGUUGCAAAUGCAAAAAGCGAGAUAUUGCGGGCGCCAAUCUCUGGGAGAAGGCAGAAUAUGCGACUGGAAUGGUGGAUAUAGGUUGCAAACUUAACUUGCAUCCAGAAGGGCAUGGUCAUACAUUGAGUGGGUUUGACGCUGCACAAUUGCUUUGCCAUAUGAAGGGAAAUGAAGGUGGAUAG